AAGUAUACUGACAAUUGAUAUUUCAUUUAAUAAUGAUAUAAUUUAUGACUUUCCUCUAAUACUAUUAUUUUUCUUUGGUUAACAAUCUAACAAUUCAAGUUUUGUUCAUAUGAAUAAGUCAAAUAGGUGAACAAAUGGAAGUAUUAUGUAUUGUAGAAAUUACGUGCGUUAAUGAUUCCAUCAGAUUCAUUAUGCAUUGUGAUUGUGAAGUACUGAUCAUGAAGAAUACACAAGUAUAUACAUACAAUACUGAUAUGUACUUAUAUAAAUACAUACAUACUUUCUUUUCAUGAGUAUAUAGGAAAAGGAACAUAAUAAAAUGAAUUAGUAAAUGAUGUUCAUAUUUUACGAAGAAAAAACAAUAUUAUUUCUACAAAUUUAUUUCAUCAGAAUAGGAUACAGUACAGCAGAAACGGUUAAUGUAUAAUAAAUCUGGAUUAAUAUUAAAAGUAACGAACGAGGCAAUCAUUCUUAUCCACAGUUAAUUUCGAUGUAUAUUAAAUACAAAUAAGCUUUGUAAAUACAAAAUAUGAAAGCAUUUCCUCAAACUAUUAUACAGUUUUGUCCAUUUGUUGCUCUGCUGUAUACCCUAGUUGUUAUCGUUCUAACGACGUACAUUAACGAAGAAAUUACUCCAGUCUUCGUAUUUUUUUGCAUUCAAGUAUAUUUGAACUGGUAUUCAGUAUACAGUAUAUGUCAUAAUGCAACAACUAUGGAAGUCGCAGUAAUGGCAAAAAGAGAAAUAUAUAAUAAGGUAGCAAAUAAUACAGGAUAUAAAUAUUGGUACUGCGAGAAAUGCAUGAAUUAUACAUGCAAACCAACGCAACAUUGCAUAUAUUGUAAAAAGUGCUUUCAUUUUCGAAUUCAUCAUUGUUUUUUCUUACGUGCUUGCAUAAUAAAACAAAACGUAGGCAAUUUUAUUUUAUUUUGUUUUUAUACAUCGCUAACAUGUAUAUACUCGUUAUGCGCUCUUGGACCAUAUUUAUAUGAAAAUAUUACUCGUGUAUUAAAAACAGAUUCAGACUCUUUUAACAUAUUUUUAAACUUUUGUUUUCCUAUUGCUUUUGUUAAAUUAGUUUACUCAGGAGAAAAUACUUACAUACUGCUGGUGACAAUGUUUGAUACAUUAGUUUCCAUUUUAUGUAUUUGUCUGGUAUAUGGAACAUGGAAACUGCACGUUUGUAUGACAGGUAAACAGCGGUACGCAAACAUAUCAGGAAAACAAAGUCUGAGAGAUAUUUUUGGUAGUUAUGGUCUUUUAAAUAUAAUUUUUCCAUAUAACGGUCUCAUAGGAACUAGGGAUCUCAAUGAGAAAUAUGAAUUAAAACAAGUAUGA